CAACGACCCGGGAUUUAACGAUUAGUACACAAGAUGUUGAUCCUCGUAUUUAUAUGCGGGGUAUCCUUGACCCAGGCGCUGGACAACGGGCUGGCGCUGACCCCGCCCAUGGGCUGGCUCACCUGGCAGCGGUACCGGUGCCUCACCGACUGCACCACGUACCCUGACGAGUGUAUAAGUGAAAAGCUGAUAAAGCGCACAGCAGACAUGAUGGUGAACGAAGGUUACCUGGAGGCGGGGUACGACUAUAUCGGCAUCGACGACUGCUGGAUGGAGAAGAACCGGAGCGCCAGCGGGAAACUCGUUCCGGACCGCGAGCGGUUCCCGAAUGGCAUGAAGAUGCUUGGGAAAUAUGUUCACAGCAAAGGCCUAAAGUUCGGUAUCUACCAGGACUACGGUACGAAGACGUGCGCAGGCUAUCCUGGAGUGAUGGGGCACGAGCAGACGGACGUGGACACCCUCGUCAGCUGGGGCGUCGACUACAUCAAACUGGACGGCUGUUAUUCCAAACCGGACGAGAUGAAAACAGGAUAUCCAGAUUUCGGAAGGAUGCUGAACAAGACAGGUCGUCCGGUUCUGUAUUCCUGCAGCUGGCCUGCUUAUCUCGAGCCGGACAGUAUUUUGCCGAACUACACAGUGAUCGCAGAGAACUGCAAUCUAUGGCGCAACUGGGACGACAUUGAGGACUCCUGGGAGAGCCUCCGCGGCAUCAUGAACUGGUUCGGAGACAAUCAGGAGCGCCUAGCGCCGUUCGCUGGCCCAGGACACUGGAAUGACCCUGACAUGUUACUAGUGGGCAACUACGGCCUGUCCUUGGACCAGGCGCGGGUCCAGAUGGCGGUGUGGGCGGUGUUGGCCGCGCCGCUCCUCAUAAGCGCGGACUUGUCUCGCAUGCGGCCGGAAUUCAAAGAGAUCCUGCUGAACAGGGACAUUAUCGCCGUCAACCAAGACCCGCUGGGGAAGCAGGGGCUUAGGGUGUAUAACGAUUCGAAACACCACAGGCAGAUCUGGACUCGUCAGCUGUCGGACAACUCCUACGCCGUGGCGUUUGUGAGCACCCGCGUCGACGGGGUGCCAUACGCUGUGUCCUUUAGCCAUGACGAUAUGAAGAUACCAGCGCAGAACUAUAGAGUUCAGGAUUUUUAUAAUGAAGAAGAAGACCGAAAGUUGGGCGCCGAUGAGAAAUUUACAACGCGAAUAAAUCCUACAGGGGUCAAGUUCUACAAAUUCAUCCCUGAUGGGCAGUCGGAGGAAGACUCCAAGAACCCUGAAGAAAAUACGAUGAACAAUAUGAAUAUUAAUGUUGAUAAUGACUUAGAUAAGACUAUUGUUGUUGUAUAAUAACAG